AUGGCUCGGCUUCGUGGGGUGACUGGGACCAUCAGUGGGAUGAAGAUCACCAUUGGGAGAACCGGCAAUCCGGAUGGACCGGAUCCUGGAAGGGUCGUGAUGGCCAGCACGACAACUACAACCAUGACGAGGACGAGGGUGACGAGUGGGAGUCAGACCCUUGGGCCGCUGCAUGGCGGAAGAAGCAAGACGAGCGAGGAGAUCGGCGCAGCAGCGGCUGGCGAGAACCUCGAUGGUGCGGAGAUCGUCGUGGAGCUGAUCAAGUUCCGGAGGCGGAUGGUCGAGCUGACCUUCGGCGAUCGGCCGGAUCGACAUCGUGAAAAACCAUCAGUGUGGAAUGGAUGGAAGCACUUCACCAACAGCGACUGGAGUGACCAGAGCUCGCACACCAGCGAUGAGAGCCGGCGGACUGGUGGAGGAAGACCUUCUGAGAAGCUUACCGUUCCCAGCUUCUCGGGCGAGGACUCCGAGGACGUUGGAACUUCGGCCAGGUCAUAUCUUCGACAAGUUGAGGCUUGGAGGCGUAUGACUUUGCUCCCUAGCCACCAGCAAGGACUCGUCCUCUACCAGCACCUGACGGGCAAGGCGUGGGUGGCUGCGGAGGAGCUCAGCGUGGACAACCUCGCGAAGGAGGCCGGCGUCGAGUACCUGGUGAAGUGGAUCACGAACAGAUACUUGGAUUUGGAGGUCACUCGCAUCGGCAAAGCCUUCUCAGAGUUCUUUCGCCGACUGAGGCGAAAACCAGGACAGACCAUUCGGGACUACAACAGCGAGUAUGACAGGCUUCAUGCUCGCCUCCGAGAGGAGGCCGCAGAGCUCAACUUGGUGGCCAGCGUCGGCAACAUGUACUCGCUUCCCCGACUGCAGCAGGCGGGCGUGAUCCACGACCGAGGACAUCGCAAACCCUGGGAAUCAGGGAACUCGGGCAAGGGGCGGAAGCCUCAUACCGCCCACUACACGGAGGCGGACGACUCCUUCGACUCCGGGGACGAUGAUGGCGACGGCGAGGAUGGCGAGGCCGGGGUCUCCGAGGAAGUGGCCGCGGCUUAUGCGACCUAUCAGACGGCAAAGCAAAGAUACAAGGAGCACCAGAAGAACCGCGGGUUCAAUGGCUACGCGAACGAGGGCAAGGGCGAGACCUCCCAGCCCGGGAAAGGCAAUGAGAAAACCAGUGAGAAGAUCAAGCUGAUGAAGGCCAAAUCGUUUUGCUCCGGAUGCGGAAGGCGCGGACAUUGGCAUAAGGAUGCGGAGUGCCCGCACAACCAGCCAGGACACCAGAAGAACGGCGACAAGUCUUCCAACAAGGCGGCCGACGUGGGCUAUUGCAACCUCCUCCCUGCAGAGGUCUUCUCCAUUCGGCUUGAGGACGCAGGGCUCCUUGGCAUUACGGACACAGCAUGUGCCCGGACAGUGGCCGGCACUCAAUGGCUGCAGGCCUACACCGACAAGUUGGCCACCUUGGGCGUCCGGCCAGAGCUCAAGAAGGAGUGCGAAGCCUACCGCUUUGGCACUGGGAAGAUUUACUACUCGUCCUUCUACGUGGUUCUGGCAUUCGAGCUCGGCAACAAGGUUGCGCAGGUAAGAACUUCGAUCAUCAACGGCGAUGUCCCGCUCCUUCUCUCCAAGACAGUCUUGGGCAAGCUCGGCAUGGUCUUCGACAUAGAGAGAGGGCAGGCCGAUUUCAACAAGGUGGGGCUCAAAGGGUUCGACCUUCUUGUCACCACUUCUGGGCACCCUGCCAUUCCAAUACUGCCGACCAAAAUGGACGGUGAUCCUGGCUCCUUUCAGGCCGAGGACUUGAAGCUUGUGCCCAAGAGUCAAUACAUGGCGUUUGCAGUUGCGCAUAACCCCGGGCAUGCUAAAAGCAGGGACUUGUAUAACUUCUUCUACGACAAGAAGCUAGAGCCUGGAGUCAAGGAAAUGCUUGUUCGAGAAAGGUUCCCGCAAGAUGAGUUUAUAGCAUGGUGGAGCAGCACUUCAACCACUUCAGACUUCUGGCUAGAAUGUGAUCAUGCUUGGGUAAGGAUCCAUGUUACUCCCCGCAAAGUUCUCUUCAAUCCUUCGACAUGGAAGACACGUGCUACAGUCCAGAAGGAGAUGCUUGUUCAGACUGCCGGUGAGAUCAGGGUGACAGAUGGCAUUUGUUGCACUUCCAAUAGGUGGAUUGAGUCAGUCGUUGAUAGGUGGGAGCAUGACAAACUCAAUGAGCCCGCCUUCGCAUUUCACUGGGAGGCGAACCGCACCGGGGUGAUAGUCCAUCACACUUGGGGAGUCACGGAGAUCAAAGCCUGCAUCAUGGAGGCCCGGAAUGCAGCAAAGGCCGCGGACCCCACGGAACAGAUGAAGAGGGUUUCGCACAUGAGCUUGCCAGAGCUGCGAGCAAAGGCGAGCGAGUUGAAGAUCGACUACGCCAACACGACAACAAAAGGCAAUCUCCUCCGCCUGAUCAGGGACUCGCUCAAUACCCCAGAUCAAGAACUCAUGAAGAUAGGAAAAUUCAAGGGGUGUCAAUUCUGCGAAAUCCUGAAGAGCUAUGGCGAGUGGGUAGUCCGAGAACUAGCCCAAGCGGACAGCCCAGAUCCGGAACUUGUGCGGCACGGGAGGUGGUUCAACAACAAGCAGAGGAACCCGGAGACAAGAGGCUACCUGGGAGAUCAGGUGGCGCCACCAUACCCGAGCUCCACGGCUGCCACUCGAGGACCAGAGUCGAUUGCUGCAUCGACUACUCCGUCGGCAAGGGAAUCCUGGAGCCUUGUGAGCGACAAGGCCAGCGCACCAUCGACUACGAGCACGAGACGCAGGACCCGGACGGAGGCCGACGAGAUUAAGAAGAUGGAGGAAGAGAUGGACCCCAAGGUUGCGGCGGAGAUUCAAGAUCUCGAGACGAAGCUGGCGAUCCUGAAGGACAAGGCCAAGGCCUCAAGCGGCAAGUGA